AUGAAACAACAAUCCCUGAGUACAAGCUCGCUCACCCUUUCCACACCAACUUCUCCAACCUCUCCACUAUCACCUUCUCGAAAGAAAUACUCAACCUCUCCUCUCGCUUCUCCUAUUUCACCCUCUUCAUCUUCUCCACUAAUGCAAACGGCACUCUAUAAUAAUCAUGUUCAUACCAUUCUGAAUACACCAACAAAUGCUAAUCAAACAGUGGAGAGUUUAUUGAUGAGAUUGAUAGAAGAUGUUGUCAUACAAUAUACUAUUAAUUUUGAAGCUUGUUUAACGGACGAGUUGGCAAUUUUGCCUGCCUUUAGACAAUUCUUGAUAUUUGAACAUAAUUUGAGUAGUUUGGAUUUUAUUAUUGCCUAUGAUGAUUUUGUCAAUGAAAAAGGAAGUAGAUAUCACAAGGCUUCAGGAAUCAUCAAGAGAUUCCUCGAGGAUAUGUCAUCAGACCAACUUAACCUUACAGAUAAUGUUAGAAAUGAUGUGAUAAAUAGAUUUGAAAAGUAUGAUGAAAAUUCAGAUAUUGAUAUAGACCUUUUUGAUAAUUGUAGACGUAUUGUACAUAUGGAAUUGAGAAAUGACAACUUUUCAAGAUUCUUGUCGAGUAGCUUCUUCACAGGUUGUCUCUUUUCACUAGUUUCAAAAGAAAUUACCAUUCCAAUGACAAACAAAUCAAAUCAAUUGAGUCAAGACUAUGUACAAGAGUUUAUGAAAACUUUGGACAAUAAUUUGAUCUAUUUUGGAGAAAGAAGACAAUCCAAUGCUCAGCAAUCGAGUAAUAGUCCUGCCAAUUCUUCUAGGUCAGGAAAUCUGUCAGAUUCCGAAGUAGAUACUGAAUCAACUGCUUCCGACAUGUCUACAAAACAUAAAAAGGUGGAAAUGAAGGAAGCUCUCACCAACUUGUUAUUGGAAAAGGAUUCAAAGAUUAUCACUGAUCAAUACUAUAACCUUUUCAAAACUCUUUCGGAGAUGGAUAUUUGGAAGGAAAUUUACGAUUCAAAGAAUGUGACCAGUUAUAUCAGUAAGGAAAAACUCGUAUCCAAGGGCAAGUUAAAGAGUAAAUCCAAAGGAGGAUUGAGCAUUGUUAAGGAAGUUUGCAUUGUGGAUGAUUUACCAGAGGAAAUUCUCUAUGCAUUCAUUGAUUCGAGAUUAACUAAAUUCUCAGAACCGAAUGUAACUCACACAAAAUUCAUUGAAUUUAUUGAGGAGAGUACAACUUUUGAUUCCCUGGGAAAUCAAAUCAAGACCUACCCUAUCAGUUGUUCAUCCACUGUUGUUAAGACUCCGUGGCCUCUCGAUGAUAGAGAAAUCUAUGCUUGUACCAGUGUCAGAAGAGAACCAAAUCAAGUGACCAAUCAAAUGACAAAUUAUUCAGUUCUCAGAAAAUCCUACGAGCCCAGUACACCUGUAAAGAAAGGAUGCAUCAGAGGAUACUUUUUCGGCGCCAUUUUCAUUGAACAAUUGAAUGAGAAACAAACCAAAAUGACAACAAUAUCAUUUAUUGAUAUUGGAGGUAAAGUACCAAGUGGUGUCUGGAAUAAGAUUAUUAAAAUGAGGGGACCACAGGUUUCUCUCAAUUUAGAAAAGGCACUAAAGGCAAGACGGCAGAUGUCACAAAUAGAACGAGAAGUUACAUCAGAGCAUUCUCUCAAAAAGCUUGAUACAUUACACUGA